GUUUUGCUGGAAUUGGGAACGUAUUCUUUUCAAUUUUGCGUCCGCUUGCUACGUUUUUUGUGUAUAGUUUUCUCUAUAGUGCGGGAGCAAUUAAAAUAGUUGUUGCCACAAAUAUGACUCUAAUUGACAAGCCAUUAAUUGCGGUUGAUAUCGAGUUUCCAGAGGAAGAUGUACCCUACGAGGAGGAAAUUUUGCGCAAUGCAUACUCUGUAAAACAUUGGCUACGCUAUAUUGAACAUAAAUCCAAAGCGCCCAAUUGCGGAGUGAACAUUGUAUUUGAGCGCGCACUCAAGGAGUUACCCGGUAGCUACAAAAUCUGGUAUAAUUAUUUACGUACACGUCGCAAGCAAGUGCGUGGUCGCCCACUCAACGAUCCCAUGUAUGAUGAAGUAAAUAAUACCUUUGAGAGAGCACUAGUUUUUAUGCAUAAAAUGCCACGUAUUUGGAUGGAUUAUGGAGUAUUUAUGACGGCACAAUGUCGCAUUACGCGUACCAGGCACGUGUUUGAUCGCGCUUUGCGUGCAUUGCCCAUUACUCAGCAUCAUCGCAUUUGGCCGCUGUACUUGAAAUUUGUACGACGUUUCGAUAUACCGGAAACCGCCCUACGCGUUUACAGACGUUAUUUGAAGUUGUGCCCAGAUGAUGCGGAAGAAUAUAUUGAAUAUUUAACUGAAGCGGGGCGGUUAGAUGAAGCAGCACAACAACUGGCAUCGGUAGUGGACAACGAGCAUUUCGUAUCGAAACAUGGCAAAUCAAAUCAUCAAUUAUGGAAUGAACUGUGCGAUUUGAUUUCGAAAAACCCUGAUAAGGUGCAUUCGUUGAAUGUGGACGCUAUAAUACGCAGUGGGCUCAGGAGGUACACCGAUCAGCUGGGUCACCUUUGGAACUCCUUGGCAGAUUACUACGUGCGAUCGGGUUUGUUUGAUCGCGCACGUGAUGUUUAUGAAGAGGCAAUACAGACUGUUACAACAGUACGUGAUUUUACGCAGGUUUUCGAUGAGUAUGCCCAAUUUGAAGAGGUGUCAUUAAAUAAACGCAUGGAAAUGGUGGCAAAUGAUCCACAUGCAACCGAGGAAGAUGACAUUGAUGUAGAAUUACGAUUGGCGCGUUUUGAAUAUCUUAUGGAGCGCCGUUUAUUGCUAUUGAAUAGCGUGUUGCUGCGUCAGAAUCCACACAAUGUGCAUGAAUGGCACAAACGCGUGAAGUUAUACGAAGGCAAGCCACAUGAGAUUAUUAAUACCUACACCGAAGCUGUGCAAACUGUGCAACCAAAAUUAGCAGCUGGAAAAUUGCAUACUUUGUGGGUAGAAUUCGCGAAAUUUUAUGAAUCGAAUGAUCAAGUGGAGGAUGCGCGUGUUGUUUUUGAACGCGGCACUGAGGUGGAGUAUGUAAAAGUAGAAGAUUUGGCAGCAGUUUGGUGUGAAUGGGCUGAAAUGGAGAUAAGACAGGAGAACUUCGAGGGUGCUUUACGGCUAAUGCAAAAAGCUACUGCCAUGCCAAAACGAAAAGUUGCCUACCAUGACGACACCGAGACAGUGCAAAUGCGGCUAUAUCGCUCUUUAAAAGUGUGGUCUAUGUACGCCGAUUUAGAGGAAUCCUUUGGCACAUUCAAAACCUGCAAAGCUGUCUACGAUCGUAUUAUUGAUUUGAAAAUUUGCACUCCUCAAAUUAUCAUCAACUAUGGUCUCUUUUUGGAAGAGCACAACUAUUUUGAAGAAGCUUUUCGCGCCUAUGAAAAGGGUAUUGCGCUUUUCAAGUGGCCAAACGUAUACGAUAUUUGGAAUGCAUAUUUGACGAAAUUUCUCAAACGUUAUGGCGGCACAAAGUUGGAGCGUGCACGCGAUCUUUUCGAACAAUGCUUGGAAAACUGUCCACCCGAUCAUGCUAAGUACUUUUACUUACUGUAUGCGAAAUUAGAAGAGGAGCACGGUUUAGCGCGCCAUGCUAUGGCCGUUUACGAUCGCGCCACUAGUGCCGUCAAGCCAGAGGAGAUGUUUGAUAUGUACAACAUUUUCAUUAAGAAGGCAGCAGAAAUCUAUGGCCUACCGCGUACACGUGAAAUCUAUGAGAAGGCUAUUGAGGCAUUGCCCGAAGAGAACAUGCGGCCUAUGUGUGUGCGGUUUGCAGAGAUGGAAACUAAGCUUGGCGAAAUCGAUCGGGCGCGAGCUAUUUACGCGCAUUGUUCGCAGGUAUGUGAUCCACGCAUAACCGCUGAUUUCUGGCAAACUUGGAAAGAAUUCGAGGUGCGUCAUGGUAAUGAAGAUACAAUGCGUGAAAUGUUGCGCAUCAAACGUUCAGUGCAAGCCACUUACAAUACGCAAGUGAAUAUGAUGGCUGCACAAUUUCUUAAUCAGACGAGCGCAAGCAGUGCAACAGAUGGCGGUAGUGAUGCGAUGCGUUUGCUUGAAGCCAAGGCAGCAGCAGAGCAACAAGCGCGACAACAACAAACACUCAAACCACAAACCAGUGGAAACAUUAUGUUUGUGCGUGGCGAAACACAAGGAGGCAAUGCAAAGGAUAAGGUGGUCAAUCCGGAUGAAAUUGAUAUUGGCGAGAGCGAUGAAGAUGAGGAAGACGAUGACGAGGCUGAUGCUGGUGGUGGCGCAACAAACGGUGGGAAUGAAGAAAAUGUUAUAGCCGCAAAAAGAUUACGCAUCGAGCAGCAGGCUAUACCGGCAAAGGUGUUUGGCAGUUUGAAAAAAGCCACAGAUGAAGAUGAGCAGGAUGUAGAUUAAGUGAAGCGAUUUAGCAGCACAUGAAAAGUUGUAUGCUAGAUAAAAACAUUACUAAGAAUAACCAAGUUAGAUACGCAUAUACCUACUGUAUAAUUAUUUUUUAAAUUAAUGUAUUUAAGCCCAA